AUCAAGAUUUUAAGCAAUCAGCAAUUCUCGUUUUUCUGAGAGAUUAUAAUUGUUCUAAUACUCAGCAUUGGAUCAAUUUGCUAAUUUGCUGUCUGCACUUUGUAUUUUAGCACAUUAGAGGAUUAUGUGAGCUGCAAGAGAGCAGGCUGCUUUUAUACUGAUUAUUUUCAUCCGUGGGUUUAUUUAGAUAACAAAAGGACGAUAUUUUAGUUACUUUAAGAGUUGUUUUCGAGCGUUGAAGCUGCUAUUCUAAUGGCCAUGGCUGUCCCUGAACCUGUUGCCACCCGGAGGUUGGCACUGGACUGUCGUACCCUGCUGGAUCACCGCCCGAGUCGUGGGGUGUGUGGUUGUUGUGGAGCGCUGAGGCCACGCUACAAGAGACUGGUGGACAACAUCUUCCCUGAAGACCCAGAGGAUGGGUUGGUGAAGGCCAACAUGGAGAAACUGACUUUUUAUGCUCUGUCAGCUCCAGAGAAGUUGGAUCGGAUCGGGGCGUACCUGUCUGAGAGAUUGUCUCGUGAUGUAGCUAGACACCGUUAUGGGUAUGUGUGUAUUGCGAUGGAAGCCCUCGACCAGCUGCUAAUGGCCUGUCACUGUCAGAGUAUCAACCUGUUCGUGGAGAGUUUCCUGAAGAUGGUGCGGAAACUCCUGGAGGCUGACAAGCCCAACCUGCAAAUCCUGGGAACAAACUCGUUUGUGAAGUUUGCCAACAUUGAGGAGGACACCCCCUCAUAUCAUCGCAGUUAUGAUUUCUUCGUGUCACGGUUUAGUGAGAUGUGCCAUUCCAGCUUUGAGGACCCCGACAUCCGCACCAAAAUCCGAAUGGCUGGCAUCAAAGGUCUGCAGGGAGUAGUGAGGAAGACCGUAAACGAUGAGUUGCAGGCGAACAUCUGGGACCCUCAGCACAUGGACAAGAUUGUCCCCUCACUGCUCUUCAAUCUGCAGUCUGGUGAAGGCACGGAGAGUCGUUCUCCCUCCCCACUGCAAGCCAGUAAGAAGGAGAAAGAAAGCCCAGCCGAGCUGACGGAGCGCUGCUUUCGGGAACUGCUGGGCCGUGCCGCCUAUGGCAACAUCAAGAACGCAGUCACCCCUGUGCUUAUGCAUCUUGAUAACCACUCGCUGUGGGAAGGCAAAACAUUUGCAGUGCGCUGCUUUAAGAUCAUCAUGUACUCUAUUCAGUCCCAGCAUUCUCAUCUGGUCAUCCAGCAGCUCCUGGGCCAUUUGGAUGCCAACAGUAAGAGCUCGGCCACAGUGCGUGCUGGGAUAGUGGAGGUCCUUCUGGAGGCAGCUGCCAUCGCUGCCAGUGGCUCUGUUGGCCCCACCGUGUUGGAGGUGUUCAACACGCUGCUCCGGCAUCUGAGGCUCAGUGUGGACUAUGAACUCACAGGAUCCUAUGACUGCACCAACAUCGGCACCAAAAUCAUCAAGGAGCACGAGGAGAGACAGCUACAGGAAGCCGUCAUCAGGACUAUUGGCUCAUUUGCAAACACGUUACCCACAUACCAGCGCUCUGAGGUGAUGCUCUUCAUCAUGGGGAAGAUCCCCAUUCCAGGCAUGCAUCCCACACUGCCCUCUACAGGCUCAGGGCCUGAGGUCAAUCGAAUGAUCCAAGUCAUGUUAUUGAAGUCCUUGAGACAGGUCACAUGUGGUUUCCAGACGACUAAUAUGCUGACAGCUCUGCCAAACUCCUUUCUGGACCCACUGCUGUCAUUUGCUCUGUUAGAAGAUGCAGAAAUUCGACUGUUGGUGCUGGAAAUUCUGGUCAGCCUUAUUGAUCGCCAUGAUAACCUCCCCAAGUUUUCCACCAUCAGUAUCAUCUCUGAUAUCUCUGUGCUUAAACUCAAAGUGGACAAGUGCUCACGCCAAGACAACCUCUUCAUGAAGAAGCAUGCACAGCACCUGUAUAGACACAUCUACCUGUGCAGUAAGGAACAGAGCAGCGUGCAGCCUCACUUUGAGAAGCUCUACUCACUCCUGGCCCUCAUCAGCAUGGAGCUGGCCAACGAAGAAGUGGUGGUGGACCUGAUCCGUGUGGCGCUCGCUCUGCAGGACUUGGCUCUGAGCUGUGAGGAGAUGUUACCGGUGUAUAACCGCUGUGCUGUUCAUGCUCUGUCCUCUGCUUACCUCAAUCUCAUCAGUCAGCUCACCACAGUGCCCGCGUUCUGCCAGCACGUUCAUGAGGUGAUUGAAAUGAGACAAAAAGAAAGUCCUUACCUGUUACCUGAGGAUGUCUUCAUUGAAAACCCAAAGAUUCCUAAGACACUGGAGAAUCUGGAAGGAGAGCUGUUGUUUCAACAGGCCAAGAUCACCGAGGUUCUUGGAGGCAGCGGCUAUAACACUGAGCGACUAGCUACACCUUAUGUCCCACAGUUCACAGAUGAGGACCGGCUGUCAAAAAGAAAGAGCAUUGGAGAAACGAUAUCUCUGCAGGUGGAGGUAGAGUCCAGAAACAGUCCUGAGAAAGAGGAGAGAACACCAGCUGAAGAAAUCACAUUUGAAACACUAAAAAACGCCAUUGUGGAUAGUGUAGGCGUGGAGGAACAGGAGAAGGAACGCAGGAGACAGGUGGUUGAGAAGUUCCAGAAGGCCCCCUUUGAGGAAAUAGCUGCCCACUGUGGUGCCAGAGCUACAAUGCUGCAGAGCAAACUUAAUCAAAUCUUUGAAAUCACGAUCAGGCCUCCUCCCAGUCCAUCUGGAACCAUCACAUCAAGUUACGGCCAAACCCAGAGUCGCUCUGUCCCCGUUUAUGAGAUGAAGUUCCCGGACUUGUGCGUUUACUAGUGCUGCUCAACUCAGGAUUCAGAAACCUUCAGUAGCAGCCAGAGCUGCAGAGAGCUGGAGGGUUUUAGAUAUUAAAUUAUAUUUUGAUGUUUUUUAAUAGAGGAAAAAUAAGAGGUCAGUCCUAUCUUAUAACCCUCACUGCUGGAUCGUCCCAUGUUCCACUGUCUACACUGUGACUGUAGACACUUCACCCGUUGAACUACUGGAAGGAUUUUGACAAUUUGGAUUCCUGAGUUGAGAGUUUUCCCUGUUUGCGAAUAUUUUCCACAUAAUCUUUGAUACUCUGCGCUUCAAUGAUAAAAUCAGCUAACAUAAAUCUGUACUUGCAGCAAAAACCUAACUCAAAAGGGGCGCAAAAAACAUUUUUAACAAGAGCAUACCUGGGAAUUUAUAUAUAUUUCACCCUUAAAAUCAAAAGAAAGAAAAGAGUUGUAUUUUGUAUAAAGAAAACUUUAGGAAGUUUAGUACCAUUAAGAUUUUUUUUUUUUUUUUUUUACAUUGUGACAUUAUUUUCAUGACAAUCAAGCACAUUUAAUGUGAAAAUAAAAAUAUUUUAAUUUUAAAUCUUUUAUACAUUAGGAAUUGUUAUAAUGUCUUUAAUUAUGCUUAUUGCAAUGCAGAUUUAAUUUAAAAAGCAUUGCAUUAUAGUUAUUGUUUAUUGUAAUAUAGUAUAAUAAUAUAAUAAAAAUCUAUUUACAUUCAGUAAAAAAAAAAAUACAAUAUUGAGCCUUUUGGAGGUCAAUGGAGUUUAAUUGUCAUAAAAAUAAUGUCAUAGUUUUGUGUUAAAUGUAUGGAAUAUAGUCAUAUUA